CCCUCCCGCUCCUCCAGUCGUUCCGGGAGUGAUGUCUCUUGCCCAGUUGGUUCAACAGCCCGGUCGUGAGCAUCUUCCCUAUCUCACUCCGUGUCCAAAGGGACGACGUCAAACAUGGUAAUUAAAAGUCUUUUUUUUCCUUUCAUUAAAAUUUGAUUCAUUAUUAAUAAUUUGUUUCUUAUAUUAGGUUCAACCGAUCCGGGAACGGGAUCAACGCAUGGAUCAACAAUAUGAUGUACUCGAACCUCAGCAAGGGAUAUCCGACUUUCACUCACUUCCCUGCCGAGGACCAGGAGAUGUGGUUUCGCCAGUUUGCGGUAAGUAUUCUAAUUUUUUUAAUUAUGUUUUUAAUCUUUAAUUUAAAAUUUCUACAAAUUGUGUUUUUUUUCAGCAAGAGUUCACCUGGAAUCUCGAUCACACGAACUUUAUCCGUGACGCCUUCGUCCAUAAAGUUAUGGACAACUAUGAGAAGCAGAUCUACAAGUGGAAGCAGAAGUGGCUCAUCAACUAAGUUUUUUUUUUAAUUUAUUAAACAAUUUUUUGAAUUUAUUAAACUAUUUUGGAUUUAUUAAACUAUUUUAUAUUUUUUUUAUUAAAAAGUCCCGAAGUUGAUCAACAACACGGUCUGGGAGGAGUUGUGUGUGCAUUGGGAUAAGGACGAGACGAAACCUACCUCCGUGACCAACUCCACCAACCGCAAGAGCGAUCGUGGCGGGAAGGGCAUGUACAAGCACAAUUUGGGUGCCCAGACUAUUGCCACUCUGGGGGAUCGCUUGGCGGAUGAAAAUGAUGGCGAGCCGGUUGAUGAUUUCGUCCUAAUGAAGACGGCGCAUACCAACAAGCACACCGGGGAGAUUGAUGAUGGUGUUGUGAGGGAUGUGCUCAGCCUGAUCGAAACUCAGAAGGAAGACGAAGAGACCCGUCUAUCUCAGCUUCAAACCGACCUGGACGCCACUUCGACGGCUUCGACCAACUUGUCCCGGAUUCGAAUCAACGAAAUCGUUGAAUCGAUAUGUUCUUUAUAAAAAAGUUCAAUUCAU